AUGAUUAGAGUCCACUCUAAAAGAGCAUUUUCAUGCGAAAUUGAAGCUCCCGGUUACAGUAAUUACCGCAUUGCUGUGGAUUCCGACAGGGUAAUUUGGACAUGCUGUAACACACAGUUUUCGAACAGACGAGAUUUUUACGUACAUCGAGUCAGCGCUCACCUUGAAAAAUUAGCACAUGGUGGUGCUCCUUCAACAGAAUAUCAAGCAUAUCAAGAAAGCCCUCAUCCAAAUGGUGCUCUAACUCCUGGUGCUGGUGUUUGUGUAGAAAAUGCAGAGGGCAUCUCUUAUAUGGGUAGAAUUGAAACGGGUCCAGAUGGCACUAUGCAAGUUGUUGUUCCUCAAGACGUUAUGAAUAGCAACAGUGAUUUUUACGUUGUAAUAGACGACGAUGUAACUCUAGAUAGAGAAUCUCAGGUUGUUGUUCCUCAAGACGUUAUGAAUAGCAACAGUGAUUUUUACGUUGUAAUAGACGACGAUGCAACUCUAGAUAGAGAAUCUCAGCAAUUCAAAUGUUCGGAAAAUCGGAACAUGAAUCAGCUUGACCAUGAUCAAGAACUGCCAAUGCAUCAAGAUUCAAAUCUGACAUCUUCUCAUCUUUUAGAAGAAGUACUAGAAGAAGAACCAGUAGAUGAGUGUGAGGGACAAGUGAUUGCAAUUACGGAGGAGCAAUAUGAACAACUGCGACUUCAGUACGGCGACAACUUGGAAAAUAUGAGCGUUGUUUAUGUGGAUGACUCCGAUGUUGGGAAGAAUGAAAUGGUUGGUGACGUCAAUGAUCCAACUGUACACGCUACCUCUGUUUUGCAGAGCUGA